AUGGACGUCAUCCUCUCCGCCGUGGUACUCCUUUUCUUCACCUUCAUCUUCAUCUUCAUCAACAAAUGCCGCCGGUCAUGGAUAUCAUCAUCAUCGCCGGUAAGAAGUAUGCUCUUAGGAACCAUGGGAUGGCCAUUCAUCGGCGAAACUUUAGAUUUCAUCUCCUGCGGUUACACCGAUCAUCCUCAAUCAUUCAUGGAUAAACGUCGUCUUCUGUAUGGGAAGGUGUUCAAAUCGCACUUAUUUGGUAGUCCAACGAUAGUGUCGACAGAUGCAGAAGUGAGCAGAUUCGUAUUACAAAGCGAUGCAAACAGUUUUGUGCCAUCGUAUCCAAAGUCGUUGACGGAACUGAUGGGAGAAUCGUCGAUUUUGAGAAUUAAUGGAAACUUACACCGGAGAAUCCAUGGACUCAUUGGUGCUUUCUUCAAAUCUCCAUAUCUGAAAGCUCAAGUGACCUCUGACAUGAGAAAGCUGCUUCUUCAAUCCAUGGCUACUUGGAAAGAAGAUCGUCCUAUUUACAUUCAAGAUGAAACCAAACAUAUCGCAUUUCAAGUGCUGGCCAAAACUCUGAUCGGGUUGGAUCCGGGUGAAGAAAUGGAGUAUUUGAGGAUCCAAUUUCAGAAAUUUGUUGCGGGUCUCAUGUCGUUACCGUUAAAGUUACCUGGAACUCAACUUCAUCGAUCGUUACAAGCCAAGAAGAAGAUGGGGAAAUUGGUCUAUAAAAUUAUUCGGGAUAAAAGGAUGAAUGUUUCACCUGAUUCUAGGGAUGUGGCUGAUGUGUUGCUCAAUGAUAAGAGCGAAAAGCUAACUGAUGAAUUGAUAUCUGAUAAUAUGAUUGAUUUGAUGAUUCCUGGAGAGGACUCAGUGCCGUUACUUAUAACUUUGGCUAUCAAAUACUUAUCAGAUUGUCCAAAAGCUCUCCAUCAACUUAAGGAGGAAAAUUUGGAGUUGAAGAUGCGUAAAGAAGACCUCGGGGAGCAAUUGUGUUGGGAUGAUUACCUAUCGAUGCCAUUUACACAAAGCGUGAUUACAGAAACCCUAAGAAUGGGGAAUAUAAUAAUGGGGGUGAUUAGAAAGGCCAUGAAAGAUGUGGAGGUCAAAGGCUAUCUUAUACCAAAAGGAUGGUGUGUAUUGACUCAUUUCAGAUCAGUUCAUCUUGAUGAAAAUUACCAUGAGUCUCCUCACCAGUUCAAUCCUUGGAGGUGGCAAGAAAGGGACAUGAGCAGUGGUAGCAGUAGUUGCUUCACUCCUUUUGGUGGAGGGCUAAGGCUGUGUCCUGGGCUUGAUUUGGCCAGACUUGAAGCCUCCAUAUUCCUCCACCACUUUGUUACCAAGUUCAGGUGGGUAGCUGAAGAAGACACCAUAAUCAACUUCCCAACAGUAAGAAUGAAGAAGAAGAUGCCAAUCUGGGUGAAAAGAGAUGUACAUCAAUGAUGUUAUGAUUGACCAUAUAGGUAACAUCAUAUCCAUCGACCCACAUGCAUCUAUGCCGGAAGAUUGAAUUUUCAUUUCAUUUCAUGGGCCCUUUUGUCUAACUAAAGACAAAAAUCGAAGAACCAUAUAUACGCAUGUGCAUGGGUGCAUGCAUGGCCAUCGUCAUCACAUGAUCAUAUGAUGUUGAAAUAUUUGUCCCAUCUUCCAACUUCGAUAAUUCAUUACACACUACACAUGCAUGCAUACAUGUUAAAUAAUAAAUCGGAUGCAUGCAUGUAUGGAUGGAAUCAGCUAGUAUAUAUGAACCCUUUAAUUAUGUGAACUUAAUUAAUUAGGGUUAAUCUUGCAUAGUAAUUAGGGGUUUUUGUUAAUUACCUAGAAAUCAGAGGUAGCUAGCUAGUAAUGUAUGAUGUUUUUGUUUAAUUAUCGCAUACUUUACAUGUAUAAAGAAUGUAGAUAGAUUUAUCUAUCUG